CGGAGCGGGCAGACUGGGAGCAAGUUUGGGUGAAGGAGUCAGGGCCAGUGUCCGCUCCGCACCGGGAGGGAGACACCGCACACGGGCUCGAGUCCGUGGGGGGGGGGUUGGCUGAUACCGCCAGCUUAGUGCGUUAUUGCCUCAGCAAGACAAGAAAAACAACGAGGAAACACUAUAGAGGAAAAACGUUUUAAGGAGAUAUUAUCUGGACAAGACAUCUGUUCUUUCUCCCUCCCUUAAGACCUUCAGGAGAACGACCACCCAAAGAAAAUAUCACUUGACCAAGCUUUGCUAAUACGCGAUGCACCUUGAUCCUCAGAAAAAAAAUCGACAACGGUUGUUUUUUCUUAUGACCUCCGGUACUGGACUUCAACCUGAAGAUUACGGACACUGUUUCAAGUGUUGACACAGUUAGGUUCUCGACUAAGAGUAAUAAUGUCAAUCCUUAAAAGUAACGUUAUCUAGGCUGUUUGUUGCCCUAUUUCUUUUGUCACGGUCGGCUUUUUUCACGGUCGGCUUUUUCUUGAGCCUUCUAUUAAGCUUCUGCGCAGUUUUCUCCUUAUUUUUGUUGCUCCUGUCUGUUUUGUAACGACAAUGAUCUGACAGUAGACCGCUACAGAGCCAGAUUGCUAAACCGUGACGCGACGUGUAUUCAGGCGUAAAGAGUAACCCGAUUCACCGACGGACAAUUAUAAAAAUACAUUUUUUUUAAACUAAACAAAGGAAUUUGUAUAACCACUCUAAUAGGAAAGUUUUACGACGCUUCGAGUCGAAGCCAGCUCGACAAUAUUGAUUUCUCAGUUUCUCCAAAGGUCAGAGGCUCUGGGCUGCAUCCAUGCUUUCAUUAGAUGAGCCACUGGACCUGAAGCUGCCCAGAGGGCACAUUAAUGGGCGGAGCAGAGGCUCCAAGUCACCGCCCACUCUUACCUCCUCUCGGAUCCAUACCAAGAGGGUUGGGCAUCUGCCAGUUGCUGAUGAUGAGACAGCGGAUACUGUUCCAGCCUCCCCCCACAUAGGUGUACCCAUGGUGCCCCAGGAGAAGCCUGAACUCCGCACACCUCCUGCAGUGGACCUCAGUAUGUCUCCGUCCUCUCGUCACACACCCUGCUCCCCUGAGCUCACUAAUGGAAAUGGCUCCUCUCAUUUGUUCUCAGGGGACUCUGCUCACAUCCGUUAUGUUGAGGGAGGGGCCCCUUCACAAGCCUUCCAGUUCUUUUUGCCAAUUGGAGGAGGAGGAGGGCUCCAUUUGCCAUCCUCAAUGUUUAUUGGCCAGCCCAAGGACAAAAGGGCCUCCCCUGAACUUUCAGGAGACGAACAGCUGUCCUGUCGAUGGAGGAAGUGCCAAUUGCUUUUUGACUCCUUGCAAGAUUUAGUGGACCAUGUAAAUGACUGUCAUGUAAAGCCUGAGAGGGAUUCUGGGUAUUGCUGCCAUUGGGAGGGUUGUGCACGCAAAGGACGCGGCUUCAAUGCGAGGUACAAAAUGUUAAUCCACAUUCGUACACACACCAAUGAGAAGCCGCACCGCUGUCCUACCUGCAACAAGAGCUUUUCACGUCUGGAAAACCUCAAGAUCCACAAUCGUUCACACACAGGUGAGAAGCCCUACAUUUGCCCUUAUGAAGGCUGUAAUAAGCGCUACUCAAACUCCAGUGACCGCUUCAAGCACACCCGUACGCACUAUGUUGACAAGCCGUACUACUGCAAGAUGGCUGGCUGUCUGAAGCGUUACACGGAUCCAAGUUCUCUGCGAAAGCACAUCAAGGCACAUGGGCAUUUCGUGGCUUCACAGGAGCAGCAGACAAGCCCAGGAGGGGGGGUUGGAGGACGAGGAGGGGGUGGGGGCUCACCCGUGCUGAAGUCGUCUCACGUCACAGGGAAGGAGUCUGAGCUGAGCUACGCCCAUAUCAUCCUUCCAAGUGCAGCAGCUGCUCUCCUAGGCACCUCUCUGCCCUUGUCUCCUCUGAGUCCUCGACCCCUGGACCUGAGCAUGCUGGGAAGUCCCAGUUCACCUGUCCUGUCCUUCAAUGGCAUGGCCAAGUCACCGUUGCUGCCCCCUGCCUUCUCGACCUCAGCAUUUGGCUUGCCUGUGGUGCCCGUGUUGUGCUCAGAUCACAGAGGACAAGCAAAGGGCAGUUCUAGAGUGAAUGAGGGUGAGGACGAAAGCCCUAGGAGCAUCCUCAACCUCUCCACAGGAGCGUCCCAUGACCCCUUGUCCUGGGUCGUCAUACCUUCAGGCUCUUUAAUGUUGAAGCCAGCUGUGGUCAACUGAGAAGGAUCCUCUAAUCAUUCCAGAGGGAAGGAAGUGGGGAAAGGGGCUGAUUUUCCGUUUUCAUAAAUUAACAACUGUCUACAGCCCUCUGAUGCGACAUAUCUACCCAUUAAUUUCGAGCAUUGUCAUUUUAGUUUUGCAUCUGUUCAUUACCAAAGGCACGUUUCCACUGACGUUCCAAAAUCUUUUUAAGAAACUAAAGGGUUCUAUAAUGAUCAUGUUACUGAAUAAGUGAAUACUGUUUAAUGUUUUAACCACACUGCAAAACUAUGACCAUGUAACAAUGACACAGCAACAGAGCGAACACAGAGCAAGCUGAGAUUUACAUCAGCCUUUAUUGAUUUUGCCUCACAGUAAUAUAGUUUUUCAAAACCAUCAGACAAAUUUGUAUGCUAAACUUGCCAUCAUCAGGCCACUAAAAUGGUGUAUAAUAUGCACUGCUGCAUUUUGUUACGGACCAUCCUCUGAAUAAUAUGUAACUAGUUUUAAUUUGAGCUUAAACAUACAAGGACAUUGUAUAAUUUUAAAUAUGUUUUUCAAACAGAAAGAAUUCCUUUUUUCAACAAAAACUGGUUUCAAAAUUAUUGGUACCCUUACAAUUUAUAUAUAUGAGUCUCUUCCUACAAUUAUUUUUGCUUUUUUUUUUUUAAACGAAAGGUGCCAAUAAUUCUGGAAGGUACUGCAAAACACAAUUUACUGUGAUUUAUUGUUUGUUAUCUAAAGCAGAAUUUUAAAAUCAUGGAUAAAAGGGUCAUUCUGUGAAAUUUUUGUCUAGGGCAUUUAGUACAGCCAGCUCCACACCAGUAGUUCCUGGACCAUAGAGAAGUAUCUACUCUGGAGACAUUACAGUUCAAAACAAGCCAGUUGACUUGUUGGUUACAAUGUUAUCAGAAAAUUCCUGGCCUGUUAGAUUCAUACACUAACACAUGCACAGAUACAGGGGCUUCGAUCUGUUAGUUACAUAGAAAAGCGCAUGUGCAGUAGCUGGAGCAACCUGAAUUCUUUUAUUGAGCUAAAAAUUUACAUUAUUAACGCUAUUUUCAUAGCCAUUUCAAAUCUGUGUUGGAAGAGUCAUCUAGUUGAUCCAGUUCUGGUAUAUAUGUCUCUCCCUAUUCAAGUAGAUAGGAGCCUGCUUAUUGGCGUGGACCUUUCUACAACACAGGAACUAAUAUCUAGGGGUGAAAGCAUGCUUAAAAACUUCGUUAAAAGAGUGGAAACGUAUCUUAUAUGAACAGAGACAGGGUGUAAAAGAUAAUACCAGUGGCCCAAGGACCAUCACAGGCUCUCACUCUUAGUUUUCUUGCUAUUUUUUUUUUUUUUUGCUCUCUGAAAGUACAAACUGGAGUCUUUAAGAGUCUAUACCGGUGUUUCAGUAAGCACUCAGCUGUUUCUAUAUAUUUAUAUGUAACAGGCAUCUCUGGACGCCAGUGUGUGUGACACACUAAGUACACCAUCUUAUGUAAUGAUUCUUAGUUUGGCAUCACUCUUUGGUGAACUGUAAAACUCUUUGAAGGCUUUUCUUAUGAUUAUUCUGAUAAUGCAGGUAAAAAUUACAUCCAUGUAAUUUUUAUUCAGGCAAUGCCACACUGAUUCCUUCAGCUUUGGCAGAGGAGCUUGGGUGGUAGGUUAAUUAUUGUUCAUUUAGUUCAGAGGACAGCAUUUCAUAGGGCUAUUUUAGUCAUAAAGAGAUACCAUUCAUUUACCCACAGACAGACAAACCUCUAGUGAGAGCUGCUACACUGUCUGGCUAACUGCUAGUCUAUUACAUUGAACAGAGACUUCAGGUUGGAUACAUGUAUACGUGUACAGUCUGUCCUCUCAGAAACAGCCAACCAGCAUUAUUUACAUAAAGGCAGGUUUGAGUCUGGCUUAAAUUAGAUGGUAACAGACACAAGACUCAGAGCUGAGUUUUAAGGUAGACAAAGGUGUUAUAUUUUGCUUACCACCUCAAUGUAGAUGACUAAUGCACUAAUGCAUAUGUGGCACUAAUGCCACCUGUUGGACAUUUGUUUUAAUGACCUCACACACACUAUGCUAGCACAGCAUGGCACAGAUAAAUGUUCUUUAACUGACAGGAAAUGUCAGAAAAACAGCCACACUGUGCUUUACAUAAAACACUCACAUGCAGACAUACACAACUGGUGUGCGGUACAGGCCUCUGGGUCAAAUGUGAUGUUGACACAAAAUGACUCUUGCAGGCAAACACACUGUGCCAAAAAAAAAAAAGAA